CCGCGAACCACUUUCCUGCGCCCCAUGACCGGUGCCGCGCCGACACCACCCGGCCCUGGGCAACUGCGCACGCGCCGGCGCCGCUUUGAUCCGGUCGCUCUGGCGACGCCACUUCCGGCCCCGCCCCCACGCGGGCCGCCAGUGUCAUGUGCCGCGCGGCGGAGCCAUGGCGGCCGGAGUGGCCGGCGUGCUGCUGCUGUUGCUGCUGUUGCUCCUCGGGCUCGCGGCGCGCGGCUCAACAACCCGUUCCUGCCCCAGACCAACCGCCUACAGCCCAAGCGGGAGCCGUCGCCGCUCUCUGGGCCUGCGCAUCUCUUCAGACUCUCUGGCAAGUGCUUCAGCCUGGUGGAGUCCACGUAUAAGUAUGAAUUCUGCCCAUUCCACAACGUGACCCAGCAUGAGCAGACCUUCCGCUGGAACGCCUACAGUGGGAUCCUUGGCAUCUGGCAGGAGUGGGAGAUCACCAACAACACCUUCACAGGCAUGUGGAUGCGGGACGGUGACUCCUGCCGCUCCCGGAGCCGGCAGAGCAAGGUGGAGCUUACCUGUGGGAAGAGCAACCGACUGGCCCAUGUGUCUGAGCCAAGCACCUGCAUCUAUGCGUUGACCUUUGAGACACCCCUUGUCUGCCACCCCCAUUCUUUGUUAGUGUACCCGACCCUGCCAGAGGCCCUGCAGCAGCGGUGGGGACAGGUGGAGCAGGAACUGGCUGAUGACCUGAUUACCCCACAGGGCUAUGAGAAAUCGCUGAGGGCACUUUUUGAGGAUGCUGGCUACUUAAAGGGUCCAGGAGAAAAGGAACCCACCCAGCAAGAAGGAGGGACAACAGGCCUGGGGUUUGAGACCCUGGACAACUGCAAGAAGGCGCACUCAGAACUGUCAAAGGAGAUAAAGAGGCUUGCCAGUCUGCUGAGCCAGCACCACAUCCCCCACGCCAAGCCCACAGAAACCUCCUACUCUGAGCACCUGGGCCAGCACUCUCCCACAGAUGGGGUCUCAGAGCAGCUGAGAGGUGAUCCAGGACUGCGUGGGAACACCUCCUGACCUGGGCAGCCACAUGGGCAGGAGGAGACAGUGCAGAGCCUCUGUGUCCUGCAGCAGACAGGCAGAGCCCUGGAGCCCACCUAUGCAGGGAAGAUGAGGCUCCCCCGGGCCUAUCCACCAGGCAGAGGCACCCAUGACGACCUGCUGGCCAGGCAUUGUGCUCAGAAACACAGACAAAAUAAAGAUUCAAAGUUUUAAUUAA